GUUUCUCGGGGCGCGAGUCGGUUACUUUUAACGGUUUUUAAAUAUUCGGUAAAAGAAAAGGAAAUUGGUACAAUUCCCGAGCGGAGUCAAUAACCCGGACAGAAGCGGCCGUGGAACAGCCCGGAGCAACAGGCGGCCGGGGGCGGGACUAGCCGAGCAGGGUCUCCGUGUCCCCGGGGGAGCCGACAUGAAGGAGGCCAGGCGGCCGUGACCGGCCCGGUGAGCCCCGGGAAGAUGUAUCCCGGGCAUUGCUGAGAGCCCAGCCAGACAGAGCCCGGAGGGAGGAGGAGGAGGAGGCGGGGAGAUCCAGACCGGGAGGCGGUGUCUUCCUCAUCCAGCGGCCGGGGAUCCGCCCGGAGAGUCCCGGGGACCCGCCAUGGUGGAGAAGCAGCGCUGCCCCGUGCAGAGGGACGGCGUGUACCGCUGGUUCUCCGAGCUCAGCUCCUCGCAGCGGAUCGAGUUCCUGUGCGGCCUGCUGGACCUGUGCAUCCCGCUGGAGCUGCGCUUCCUGGGCUGCUGCCUGGAGGACCUGGCCCGCAAGGACUACCACUCUCUGCGGGACUCGGAGAUCAAAGCCAACAACCCGGCCGACCUGGCCACCCUCACCAACCUGACGGACGAGGUGGUCCGGAGCAAGCUGCUGGUCUCCCUGGCCCUACUCAGCUCCGACAACCGGGAGGCGGCCGGGGUGCUGUGCCGGACCCUCACCCACAUCGACUCCAUCAUCAACAACUAUGGGCUACAGCUCAACGAUGGACGAACCGGGGACGAGUUCCUGCUUCUCUUCACCAUGGCCACCAACCACCCGGCCUUCAGCUUCCAUCAGAAGCAGCUGCUGAGGAAGGAGCUUGCCCACAUCCAGGGCAGGCACGGUGCCACCAGCAGCACUGUGCCCACCACCACUUCCACCAGCAGCAAGAGCCCUCCUGGCUGUUCCAAGGGUUCACUAAGAACAGAUAAUCCCAAUACCAGUGUUGGUAACAGUUUAGCUAAUGCACUUCACACAUCAGCACAUUCCAUAGAUGAAUCGUUACCUAAGAGGCCUUCCGGGAAGCACUCCAAAGUAAAUGUUGAAAAAAUUGAAGUUAAAGUAUUGCCGCACAAGAAGAAGGAAAAGAAUUCAGACUGCUGUUUUGAGGUUUUGUGGUCUGAUUCCUCCGUGAGUUUGGUAACCAAAUCUUCUACAGAAAUCAUAGAACUAAUUUCAAAGCUUUCCCAUCUGUUCCCAGAAGAGAACUUGGAGAAAUGCAUUCCUUAUGGUGUUAGGAUGGACUCCUUCUGCAUGGACAGGAAUCACGUGGAUCUUGAGUUAGACCUUCGGUUUUUGGUGUCUUUGCCUUCCCACGUUUUGAAAAAUGACCUUGUCAAGAAGUUUUUCAGUAAUUCAAACAGCCACCAACAGCACCAAAACUUAAGCCCCAACAAUAUGUCACAUAUUAAAGUGAACACUCCAGUUGGCACAUCCAUACGGCCGAUAUGCGGUGUUGCCAGUAUCCAGUCUUCCCAGAGCAGCAUUACAUCACACCACAGCUCGGUGAUCCUGUCCCCCUGUUCACACACUGGGAGCAGUGUCUCCUCCUCGCUAGUAUAUCGCCCUUCUGUGGAAACCACUUCCUCUGCUAUGUCUUCCAACGUGCCAAGUCCUCAGACUCCAGAACAACAAGAAAUAUUAGAGUGGCUCCGGAAGCUGCGUCUCCACAAAUACUACAACGUAUUUAGCCAGCUUUCCAUGAAAAAGUUUUUGAGCCUCACGGAGGAAGAUUUGAAUAAAUUUGAAACCCUAACCAUGGGAGCAAAGAAGAAGCUGAAGACCCAGCUUGAGUUGGAGAAGGAGAAGUCGGAGAAGAAGUGCCUAAAUCCAGCUCCAUGUACUUCAUUUAGCAGCAGUGGUGGAGUGGCAAGAGUCCCCCCAACUAGCCAUGUUGGGCCAAUACAGAAUGUGCACUGUAGCCAUUCUGCAGAGCUGUCUGUAGAUAUUGAGCCUGCAAAUCAUCCUAUGCCUCAAGAGGGCAGUUCAUUUUCAGACUACUCCAGCUCCCCUUCCAGCCCCAUGGGACUCCAAGCGCGAGAGGAAAGCUCUGACAGUGCAGAGGAAAUGGACAGGCGUCUUGGGAGACACUUGGAUUGUGGAGAGAAGGAAAAGUCUGUCUUGUUGGUGAAUCACUUUACUUCAAAUUCAGUGCGCCCAACAGCUCAGGUUUUGCCAGUUCAGAAUGACACCGGCUCCAGCCCAUCCAGCCAUCACCCUCUGCCACUUCAAAUCAUGACAGCAACAUCCUCUCACAUUGCCCCUCUGCACCUUAUGAACACAUUGCACAAAUCAGAGAGGGGAAACUCCGAACAUAAGUUGCUUCAGUCUUCACACUCCCUUUUAUCUUCAGAAGAAAGAAGCAAAAGUUUGUCUGGAAGCAGAGGCACCAUCAAAUUAGAAAAAAGCUUUGGAAACAUGGUUCUUGAUGUGAAAUCCUCAUCAAGUCAAUUGCAACCUUCGCAGGUUCUUUCCGUAUUGCCUGAGAGCAAUGCCAUGCAACAGACUGUUGGCUUUAGUUUUCGGGCCAAGAUGGGAAGUUCGGUUUCUGGAGACAGAAUAAUUAAGCCAGCUCAACAACCAGCACUUAUGGUGGACAGCAGUGCUCCUGCCACAGUGUCAUCCACUCCAGUCUUCCAUGUUGCACGUACACCAGUCAAACUUCUUGUAACCUCUUCUGACUCUUCCUUGGUUGGACAAACAUGCUCCAGUGUCUCCCCUGCAAUAAUAAGCCCCAGAAACGUUCUUUAUACAGCCAAUACCAAAGUUGCCUUUUCUGCCAUGAGUGGCAUGCCAGUAGGCCAAAUGCCAGGCAACUUCUGUGCAAAUAGCACUGCCUCUUCAGGCACCCUUGCCUCAUCAUUUGCCAAUGUGGCCAACCUCCCAAGCUGCCCAGCUCCCAGUUCAAGCCCUACAAUUUCUUCAGCAUCUGAAACCAACUAUUACAGUGGCAGUGGGUCUACACCUACAGUAAACAUCCAGAUAACAAACCAGACUCCUACCCACCACCAUGUCCAUCACCAACAGUCACAGCAACAAGCUGGGUGCACAGUGUGCAGCUCCUGUGGCUGCAGUAGGAACUGUGGCUCAGGAAAUAUGUCUGUAAAUUAUGGCAAUUACUUCCAACAUCCCUUUUCUGGACCCUCUAUGUUCCCAUUCUCUCUUCUACCCUUCAGCCCAGUGUGCAAUAAUGGCUACAUCAACACCCAGCAAUACAGCAACAGUGCCACAUUUCCUGUAGUACACACUCCCUACAACAAUAGCCUAAAUCCAGAUGCCAUGCUUACGGGGCAGCCCAGCUUCACCUUGCCUCCAAUGCAGAACUUUAUAACUGGCACAGCAGGGGUGUACCAGCCUCAGGGAAUGAUGGGCUCCAUCAAUGGCACAGCUCACAAAAAAAAUGGAAACCUUUCAUGUUAUAACUGUGGUGCCAGUGGCCACCGAGCUCAGGACUGUAAGCAGCCGUCAAUGGAUUUUAAUCAGCAAGGUGCUUUCCGUCUUAAGUAUGCGCCACCGUCAGAUGGCCUGGACUCUGCGGAUUAAGCCUUUGCAAUCAAGACGUGAUAAAUUUUCUGAGCUUCAAUCAGAUGUAUCCCGUCUAAAGGUGCUUUUAUUUUUACCCAGACUGGAGUGAAACAUCUUCAGGGACUCGUGUUUAUACCUUGCCAAAUUCUGCUUUAGGAUAUUGUUUUACUUUUUUAAUGGCAGCAUAAUGUACCUGGCUUUGUGUGUGU